CGAGCGUGUUCCAUUCCACUCGUUCCGUUCCGUCGGCCCUGACAAAUGCCGAGGAAUCGAAUCGCGUCGUAUUUUUUAGUCAUUGCAGGAAUUACUUUUUAGCUAGUGCUAUAUAUAAUGUAUUGCCUCUAAGGCCCAUCCACGAACCAUUUGCACAACGGAUUGGACCAGACGAGCGUAGUUCUUAGAGGUGCUUUUCCCUUUUUUGUUAUUCUAGCAAGUCGCUCGGCAUGGAGGCUUCUGAAAAAGACAAAACGGCCGGCGACGAGGCCGAGGGCUCACUGGGAGCCAUCGAGAAGACGCCGUCAGAGGACCCGGUGGCCCAGGCUGAGGCUGCAGUCAAGGAAAGCGAAGAUUCCACCGCGGACGCGGCCAAUUUGGAUUCAGUAUUGCCGGAAAAGGCCAAGAGCAAGUCGCCCUCGCCGUCGCCAGCCAAGGAGAAUGGUGGUGGUGAUGGCGCUGACGAGCCCGAUGCCGAGGCACCUGCUGAAGCCACUGCCCGCUCUCGUAGCCGCAGUCGCAGUGGCUCCAGGAAGUCCAGAAGCGCCUCCCGCUCGCGCAGCGGUUCGCGGCGCUCCCGCAGCGGCUCCGCCCACUCCGCAGCCAGUUCCCGGCACUCCAAGCAAUCCUUAAACGGCUCCCGGCGUUCCCGCAGCGGAUCUGCCCGCUCGCGCAGUGGAUCCCGUCAUUCGGGCGCUGCUCCGGGCUCGCCCACAGGCUCUAGGCGUUCGCGCAGUGGCUCUCGACGAUCGCGCAGCGGCUCCAGACGUUCCCGCAGCGGCUCAAAGCGAUCCCGCAGUGGAUCCCAUCGCUCACGCAGUGGCUCCAAGCGUUCCCGCAGUCGGUCCGGCUCUAGACGCUCCAGUCGUUCCAGGAGCGGUUCACGACGUUCGCGCAGUGGCUCGGGGUCAAGACGUUCGCGCAGCGGCUCCGGCUCGAGGCGUUCUCGCAGUGGCUCCCGGCGCUCCAGGAGCGGAUCUAGGCGCUCCCGCAGCGGCUCCAGGCGUUCUCGCAGUGGAUCGGCUCGCUCGCGCAGCGGAUCCCGACGUUCCCGCAGUGGAUCUGGGUCAAGGCGUUCUAGGAGUGGAUCAAGACGAUCGCGUAGCGGAUCCAGACGUUCUCGCAGCGGCUCCAGGCGCUCUAGAAGUGGCUCCCGUCGCUCUAGAAGUGGUUCUAGGCGCUCGAGGAGCGGCUCCAGGCGCUCUAGAAGCGGCUCCCGACGCUCUAGGAGCGGAUCAAGACGUUCUAGGAGUGGAUCAAGGCGCUCUAGGAGCGGAUCCCGUCGUUCUAGAAGUGGAUCCCGGCGCUCGAGAAGCGGCUCCAGGCGCUCUAGGAGUGGAUCCCGUUCCCGCUCUCGCAGUCGCUCGAAUGCAUCGCGAAAGGGAUCUCGGUCCCGCUCCGGCAGUGCCGCAUCCCAGAAUGACGCCAGACGUAAAAGAUUAGCCAUCAGUGAUUCCGAAGACGAGGGACCGAAGAUAGUCAAAAAACGCGCAAAAAUCACAGACACAGACAACGAAGAGGAGGAGGACCAGGAUAAUGGCCUGGGAAAGGAGAAGUCACAAGAGAAAAUCACAGAGAGCUCAGACGAUGAGAACACACCAAUUUCAAAUGAAGCAGAAAACAGCAACUUUAUUUCGGACUUUGAUGCCAUGCUCCUGCGCAAGAAGGAGGAGAAGCGAGUGCGUCGUCGCAAGCGUGAUAUCGACCUGAUCAACGACAACGACGACCUGAUUGACCAGCUAAUCAUCAGCAUGAAGAACGCCUCCGACGACGAUCGGCAGCUAAACAUGAUGGGCCAGCCGGCCACGAAGAAGAUUUCCAUGCUGAAGCAAGUGAUGUCGCAGCUAAUCAAGAAGCACCUGCAGCUCGCCUUCCUGGAGCACAACAUACUCAACGUACUUACGGACUGGCUGGCGCCGCUGCCCAACAAGAGUCUGCCCUGUCUACAGAUACGCGAGAGCAUCCUCAAGCUCUUGUCGGACUUCCCUACCAUUGAAAAGGGGCUGCUGAAGCAGUCCGGCAUCGGCAAGGCUGUGAUGUACUUGUACAAACACCCGCAGGAGACCAAGACGAAUCGCGACCGCGCCGGUCGCCUGAUCUCCGAGUGGGCCCGCCCCAUAUUCAACCUCAGCUGCAACUUCUCGGCGAUGAGCAAGGAGGAACGGCAGGAGCGCGACCUGGCGCAGAUGUCGCGCCACCGCCACAAGAGUCCCGACCCCGAGCCCGCCUCCACCAGCAAAGCCCCGACCCUGAAUCACACCUUCGCCAACGAGGACAAGCUGCUGCGUCCCGGCGACCCCGGCUGGGUGGCCCGCGCCCGUGUGCCCAUGCCCUCCAACAAGGACUACGUCAUCCGCCCCAAGUCCACCGUCGAGGGCGAAAUCUCCACGUCAACCAAGCGCAAGCCAAACCGCUAUGAGAAGCAUAUGAAACGCUUUCUGGACUCGAAGCGGCUGAAGGAGAGCCGCCGGGCCGUGGAGAUAUCCAUAGAGGGUCGCAAGAUGGCACUGUAAGCAGCGUUCUAGCUAACUUUAAAUAAAAUAAAAUCCAAAUCAUAGAACAAAAUUAAAGAUAUAUUUUUGAAUAUACAUAACUACACUUAAAA